UAUAGUAAUAAUAAUAUUUAUUCUCAAACAAAAGUGUGUUACGUGAAGCAUUUCAGUUUACGGGCAACAUCAAACUGUUGCGAAUGCUAAUUAAAUUACAAGUAAGAAUAGUAUUAUUCUUCUGACGUAGCAAGUUUACUCAAUCUUACAGACAUGAUCAACUUGAUACAAUCACAUUUCCAACAAGUGAUUAAAAAUGGGGUAGGUACUAAGCAGAGUUCUUAGUUGGUAUUAAUAACUCAGGAAUGAUUCACGAGACAGUAUUUAGAGAGAUUUACUUGCAGAGUAUUUGUGUAAUGGAACAGGUUCGUAAUUUCACAUUUGUUGGAAAUUGUCGAUCGGACGGCGCUUGGUACAUGCCGUGACCUUGACGAGCCCGUGCGAAAAAUUCUGUCCUCUUUCUAUUGCAGGACGACCAAGGAUAAACGUUUUGGGAGGAGAAGAGCAAGCCCUGCGUGCGCUGAACUUGCAAGAUGACUGAUAAGACUAUUUCGUAAAUAAGCCUUCCCUUUUGUACAAAAGCCGCGUAAUUUAAAUUUCAAAAUAAAAGACCUGUGGCUACUACUCCGGGUUCUUUCUUGGUGUGAAGUUCUUGGUUAUCAUUGUGUGUUGUGGUUUCAGGACCUCUCCGCCCUUCAGUGACUGCUGAUUACACUUGUUACAACCAGUGAUGGAGGUUUUUACGGCAAAAUGCGACGAAAAUCAUGACAAAACCUUUGUGAUUCGAGCCCCUCGCCAACCGCCACUGCUUAAGACUACGUCGGAUUAUUCUAUUUGGAAAUUGCGAGUUGCGACAUAUCUGCGUGAAGUUCCGACCUCAGAACAUUUUGGUUAUCUCUUAUCUUACCUGGACGAUAAGACGGCUAGAAUAGCAAAAGCCAACGGCUUUGAGGCUAGCAAAUCCCCUGCUGAAAAUUGGAAAAUUCUAGAUGAUUGUUUUUAUAUACCCGUGGACACUGAGGAGAUGAUCAUCCGUUUUGCAUCACGUCAGCAGAAAGCUAAUGAGAAUCCGAUAGAUUAUCUCGACUCAUUGCAGCUAAUAGCAUUUCAGGCGUUUCCUCACUUAAAUGUCGAGAGACGAAACGAGUUAGUACGAUCUAGUUUUGUUGAGGGGCUGGUUCCUGGUCCACUAAAAGAACACUUUCGUAGAAUGCCGCCAGUCGAUACGGUUGAUUUGAAAAGAACAGCAUUUCGAUACCUAACUGCGGAAAAACUGUCAAAUUCACCAGAGACAUGUCGACGAAGAGUGGUGGCUGUGGAGAAAGCCACAGGAUCUAGUAGACUGGAUAGCUUUCAGAAGGUAACGGCUGCUGAAGACUUUCCUGGCCGAAAUACCAGACGAGGGCAGUCAGGCUUAAUGUGGAACAGACAGUCAUCAUGGAACAACUACCAGGACUGUCAAACAGAUCGCGUCUGCAGCAGAAGGUUUGGCAGGACUGCCAAGAGAUGUGGUCAUAACCAUUUCCAGAACUCAGGUAAGCCGUGUCUUCACCGUUUAUCUUCUUGUCGUGUUAAUCAUGUGUGCCCCAUUACUAUUGGAGGUAAAUUGCAUAGCAUUGAGGUUGAAUACUGCUAGACACGGGAGCUUCAGUAUUAAUCACAGCGAGUGGUGACUCUUUGAAAGUGUGUUCUAAGAUGUGGAUAGACCUAACGAUAAACAAGAAUCCGUGUCGGCAGCCGGGAAGUGACAUCCUCCCUCAUGCUUGUACCAGCAUACGAGACCGAAUCGGUCACAAUCCAAUCCUCCCUACACCCCCUAACAUUUAUCUCCACGGCUAACUCUUCUCACAUUCCUCAUUAAUUUGACUUCGCCUUGUCAAAAUAACGAAGCAGCUUGGUAUACUCUUCGUGUAUCUGGAAACCAUGCUGCUGCUUUCCGCGACGAAAAUCAUGGCAAAACCUUUAUGAUUC